CCGCCGCCGCCGCCGCCGCCGCCGCCAAAGCCGCCGCCGACGCCGCCGCCGCCGCCGCCGCCGCCGCCGCCGCCGCCGCCGCUCGCCCCACCCCCACCCUUCUACGCCGACUUCGUAGAGAAGCUCGACGGGACGGUGGUCCUCAAGGAGCUGGAGAAGGAGCUGGGCGCGCUGCUCCCUGAGCGGUGGGCCCAGAAGGUCGCCGAACACGGGAGCGCGGUGCGCGAGUGGAGCCUGCGCCCCCUUGGCGACUCGCUAAAGCUAAACUUGGACGACCGGAACCGGACAUCCACUCCGAGUGCUCUCCCCCCCCUCCUUCGCGAUCUCGCUGAAGCUAAACUUGGCCAAGCCAUCUUCGCCAGUUCCCCGCUGGUGUUGGCGCUGGGAGUAGCCGGGUGGCUCUUCCUGGCGCUCUGCUUCUACCGCUGCUGCUGCCGGCGGCGCAAGCCGCCUCACAAGCGGCUCGUGGAGCCCGACGAGGAGGAGGCGCGGGGCGGCAUGCCAAGUCCGUGGCCGAAGCGCCCCUCCAAUGCCGAGCUGGAGGAGCAGGUGGGGGAGCUGAAGCUUAGGAUGAAGGAGGUGGGGGAGCUGGUGCUGCGCUGCGCCUCGCCG